CCGUGACGUCACGAAAUUAAGACUAUUUGGGUCAGAACGUGCAGUCAGUUGUAUCUGCAACUACGGUGAAAGCUGUUGGAAAAUUAAUGUAAAAGAGUAAACAUGUCCGGUUAUGGAAGAGGAGGAAGAGGGGCAGCUUUACUGGAGGCAUUGAGCAAGCCAGCCAGAAAGCCAGGCCAGCCUCCUUCCCAACCUGAACAGAAUGUGAAUGGAAGUGGACAGAAUGGACAUGGUUUACCCACGUCCCAUCCAGUGCCUAUGGGAAGAGGGGCCUAUUUGGCAAGCCUCUUACAGCAGCAACAAAUGAGAGAGCAGAAAACAGAACCAAUAGCAGAGACGUCUGGUCCCUUAGGGAGAGGCACAAUUCAAACAGCCACACAAGUCAGUGCAGGCAGAGGAAUAUUAUUGAUGCAACAGCAGCAACUACGACAGGCUUCUCAGUCUUCCUCACCAUCUCCUUCUGGUCAGCCCGCAGGCAGGGGUGCUUCAAUCCAGUCUGCCUUGGCAGCACAAACUGCACAGAUGCAGUCGCCACACCUUCCAAAACACCCGUCUCCUACUGUACCCACACAGCAGGGAAUUACACAGCAGAUGUCCAUGUUAGAAGUUGCUGAUAAACCAGCUGUGAUGAAGCAUGGCUCUUCUGGCCAGCCAAUAUCACUCUCUGCAAACCAUAUUGCAGUUAGUUGCAAUAUGGAGCAUGUGUUCCAGUAUGCUGUCUCCUUUAGACCUGACAUAGACAGCAAAAACAUGCGUUUUAAGAUGGUGAAUGAACACAAGGACACUAUAGGCUCCACAAAACAGUUCGAUGGUGCUAUUUUAUAUCUUCCAAAGAAGCUUGACCAAAAGGAGACAGUUUUGAAGUCCAUACGUCAUACUGAUGGUGCUGAAAUAACUAUUACAAUAAAGCUAGUCAAAAUAGUGAGGCUUCAGUCUAUGACCACAUUAUUCAAUGUGAUUUUUAGGAGAAUCAUGAGCAUUUUAGGAAUGGUACAAGUGAGUCGUCACUAUUAUGAUCCUCGUCAUCCUGCCAUGGUACCACAACACAAACUCGAAGUUUGGCCUGGUUACAUCACAGCAAUACAUGAGCGUGAAGGGGGGCUGCUGCUCCUAGCAGAUGUUUCACACAGGGUACUAAGGACUGAAACAGUAUUAGAUGUUAUGAACACAAUUCUUCAUCAAAAGCAAAACGGGUUUCAGGAUGAGUGCACUAGACAGUUGGUGGGUUGCACAGUCAUUACAAGGUACAACAACAAGACUUACAGGAUUGAUGAUAUUGCAUGGGAAAAGAAUCCUGAGGACAAAUUUUCUACAAGCAAAGGCGAAGAUAUAUCUUUCAUGAAUUAUUACAAAAGCAGCUAUAACAUAACUGUAGCAGAUACGAAACAGCCCUUACUCUUGAGCCGUCCAAAGAAGAGAGACCAGAGGGAUGGGGGUUCAGAUAUCAUUGCCUUGAUUCCAGAGCUUUGUUUCAUGUCAGGGCUAACAGAUGAAAUUCGCUCAGACUUCAGAGUCAUGAAAGACUUGGCGGUACAUACCCGUGUAUCUCCAGAGCAGCGACAGCUCAGUAUGAAAAAAUUCAUAAACACUGUAAACAGUAAUGCAGAUGCUAGAAAUGAAUUGGAAAAGUGGGGUUUGUCCCUAGAGCCUUCAACCGUACCCAUUCAAGGGAGGCUUCUGCCUGAAGAAGAUAUUUAUUUCAGGAAUUCCAACCAUAAAGCAGGUCGUGAAGCUGAUUGGGGAAGACACAUAAGUAGAGAAAACUGCAUCUUAGGGGUGGAUUUGUACAACUGGAUGGUCCUUUUCACAAACCGGGACAAAAAUAGGGCCAUGGAUUUUGUGAGGAUGGUCCAAAAAGAAGGUCCCAACAUGGGUAUAAAUAUCCAAAACCCUACCACACUGGAACUAAGAAAUGACAGGACAGAGGCAUAUCUUGCCACAAUUAGAUCAAAUCUCAAUCCAGAGGUCCAGUUGGUUGUGACCAUAUUUCCUACAAGCAGAGAUGACCGGUAUAAUGCUGUGAAAAAACUUUGUCUGGUUGAUGCCCCAGUAGCAACACAGGUUAUCAAUGCCCGCACAAUAUCAGACCAGAGGAAGCUAAGAUCUGUCUGCCAAAAAGUAAUCUUGCAGAUGAAUGCCAAACUUGGUGGAGAACUUUGGGCUGUGAAGAUACCAGUGCGUAACACCAUGAUAUGUGGCAUAGAUGUUUACCAUGAGGGUAAGGGUGGCAAGGCUCAGUCUGUUGGAGCUUUCUGUGCAUCCAUGAAUAAGGAUUGUACUCGCUGGUUCAGUGAUGUGUACAAGCAAACCCCAGGAGAGGAGUUGAUAUCUGGCUUGAAGAUGAGCCUGUCAAAGGCCAUUAUAAAAUACCAUGAGCUCAAUCACAGCUUGCCAGACCGCAUCGUAAUAUUCCGUGAUGGUGUUGGUGAUGGCCAACUCGGCAUGGUUGCAGAUUAUGAGGUGUCUCAACUGGAGUCCUGUUUCAGUCAGUUUGGGGAAACCUACCAGCCAAGGCUGGCUGUUAUUGUUGUCCAGAAACGCAUUAACACCAGAAUAUAUGCAAAACUGCAGGGGGCAGGCAGAGGGUGCCAGUAUGAUAACCCUCCUCCAGGAACAGUAGUGGAUCAUACCAUCACAAGAAAGGAAUGGUAUGACUUUUUCCUUGUGAGCCAGCAUGUCCGCCAAGGAACCGUCUCUCCCACACAUUACAUUGUGGUUCAUGAUGGUUCAGGACUUAAUCCAGACCAGAUUCAGCGCAUGACUUACAAGAUGACUCAUUUGUAUUACAACUGGCCGGGGACUGUGCGCGUCCCCGCCCCUUGCCAGUAUGCUCACAAACUGGCAUACUUGGUGGGUCAGAAUCUCCGGGAUAAGAAACCACACGAUAAGCUUAUGGAUAAGCUGUUUUUCCUGUAAAGAAAUACUCAAGUCCAGAACUGUGCCAAAAACUCCAUGGAAAUAAAAUGUUAAAAAGAUACACGUUUUUGUUUGGACAUGGACAAAUGGUUUGAAAGGAUUCGUAUUACCAUGAAGCAAGUGGCUGAUGGGGCCAAGCGGAAUCCACAAAAUCAUGUUUUGAAAUUAUCACCUGUUUUACCUCUAAAGGGUUUGAAGAGGUACUGAUAUUUAAAAAACCGGUGGUAUGGGGAGACGGGUGGUAAAAUGGUAAUCUUCAUUCUGUCUCAGGGUUGACAUCUCUCCGAGGUUGUGCAUAUUUGAAACUUUUUUGAUUGCAGAUGUAUUUUCAUCCGUGCUGUUUCAAAUACCAGUAACAUUUUGAGAGCUAAAGCAGCUACAAUUCAUUUUAUGUUUAUUGAAGUUAAGACACGGCAUAAGCCUGAAAUGAUCCAUCCAGUUUUGUUUUUGCACAAGUCUAGAGAGAUGAUCUGUAUUGGUAUAAUAAUUAUUUUUUUACAAUGAAAGGUUAAAUGCUUUCUAUUUUUAUAAUGUAGCAGCAGUGGUCACUUUGUAGUUUAGUUAACAUGUAGAAAUAACUCUGUUGGUAUCACUUCAAGAUGCAAAAGAAUGACUUUUUAAUCUAUUAUUUUACCAAUUUCCUUCCAAAGACCAACAUUAUUGCAACACCUGUAUCAAACGUGCUUAAGCAGCAAUAUCUGUGGAUGGUACACAUGUAAUGGAUAAAUACAAUAGGAAGGUUACGUUGCAAUUUGGAAGUUUCACGUCAAGAAAUUGUUUCAUAUAAAAGUAGCAUAGUUUUAUGAUACUUCUGUCUGGAAAAUAGUAAAACAUUUCUUAAUUUUUUACCUAAUGUUUUUUUUACUAUAGCUUGCCAUCCUAGGGGAAUGAGCAAGUGUAGAUUAAUAUGUUAAACAGCAUUAUUCAGUGUUUCAACUUAAAAGUCAAAGUGCAGAUUAGCUGUUGUAUCCUAGUAAAUUGCACUGCUGGGCCUGUAGUGUGGUACUCCCAUGUGUUGAAACUAAAUAUCCUUUAAUUCUGUAAAAGAACUUAAGUCAAAAGGGUCAUUGAUUAGACUGAAAAUCUUUGAUGGCAAAAGUUGCAUACCUGCAUUGCUCUUAUUUUUUCAACCAGACAUGACAUCAGUUUAUUUUCCAAGCAUCGUAAUAUCAAUCCCAGACUUUGAGCCUUUUUUCAAAAUGUGCCGUAUUCUUGUCUGUAUUGCAGUUUUGAGAG